GUUUUUCCUUCCUGGGUGCCUCUCUCCCAAUCAGGACUCUGGAAGUGGUUAGUGCCCCAUAUUUGGCCUCCUCCAGAUCCGGAUCAGCGUCAUGUCGGGCUUCUUCUUUGCCCUCUGUCGCCGAGCUGGAUCCCUGCCCCGAAGGUGUGCUCAGACAAGCGUGCAUCAGGUUUGUUCAUCGUUUGCAACAGGCCCUAGGCAAGAUGUUGGGACUUUCUAUGAACUUCGCACUUACGAUAUCAAGCCGGCCAAAGCAAAGGAGUUCCUUGAAUUGGUCAGUAAAGCCAUUCACAUCCGUACGGUUCACUCGGAGAUGCUUGGAUUCUGGACAGCGGAGCUUGGGUCGAUGAAUAAGGCUUUUCAUAUUUGGAAAUAUGAUAACUUUGCUCACAGAGCAGCUGUGAGGAAAGCUGUAGUUAAUGAUAAAGAAUGGCAGGAAAAAUUGUCCACGAUUCUUCAAUGCCUCCAUAAACAGCACAUGGAAAUCGCUUAUUUGGUUCCCUGGUGUCAACUUGGGGUCCCCCCACAACCCGGGGUUUAUGAGUUGGUAACUUAUCAGCUGAAACCAGGAGGGCCGGCUUUGUGGGGGAAAUCUUUCAAAACGGCAAUUGAUGCGCACAGCAGUAGAGGCUAUGCUAAGCUGAUUGGUGUCUUUCACACAGAAUAUGGAUUACUUAAUACAGUGAAUGUGCUUUGGUGGUUUGAGAACCCGGACAGCCGUGCCGCUGGGAGGCAUAUUGCCCAUGAAGAUGCCAGGGUUGUAGCAGCUGUACGGGAAAAUGUUGAGUUCUUGACAUCUCAGCAAAACAUGCUUCUGAUUCCUACACCAUUUUCACCUUUGAAGUAGUUUCUGAUCAGAGGAAGGAUGGCAGUUUGAUUCUACCUUUUCAAAAGUUGCCUUAUACUGUGUCCAAAUCUUGAUUAUGGAAACAUAAACUUGAGGUGCAUCUAUGUUGUUGGAUCAAUCGAGUUUGAAACUUUAAACGACCAUGGCUCAAGCAUAGCGAAUCCUGGGAGUUACAAGGUCUUUAUCUUCUCUGUCAAAAAAUGUCUCGUCAAUGUAUUGUCGAAGGCUUUCAUGGCCGGAAUCACUGGGUUGUUGUAGGUUUUUUCGGGCUAUAUGGCCAUGGUCUAGAGGCAUUCUCUCCUGACGUU